AUGGCUUCUCCGAUUCCUGUGAUCCUAUGUGGCCGGACCGAGAGAAUAGGUGCGGGCGUCAUUGAGGCGCUCCAACCAGAAAUCGAAGUCAUUCACUUCGUUCUCACACCUGAAGCGGGUAAAACGCAAAUUCCUGCACUGUUGAGAGGAGAAAAGGAAGUUACGUCGGACUCCGGGUUGGGAUCAAAGAACUACGAGCGCGCAGUAGAAGCGGUGCUGCUAGGUGCUGGUUACAGCGAUGAAGAGGUCGAAGAGAUGCGUGAAGCUUCUGCAGGGAUCAAAAGCAUGCCUUGGCUGAGACCGGACACGAGCAAGCCUGCUCCACCUCUUGGGCCGGAAUAUGGCAAGGCCUUAGUAGCGCGUAUCAAAAAGACAUUGAAGGAACUAAACGAGAAGGGAAACAUGUCCAAGGAUGCAGUUGUCUGGUAUUGA